CUUGCUUCAUCUCAACCACUAAUAAUUAUUCCUAUAUUAUAAUUACUAAUGUAGACUUUUAUUUCUUAAACCACUAAUCAUUUCAUGAUAUGAUUAAAUACUUUCAUGUGGCUAGGGUUAACCCUAUAUUUAGUAUAUAAAAGCCUUUUAUUUUUGUAUAAUCCUUAUAAAAAUUUUAACCAUGGGAAAAGUUCAUCCUCAAGCAAUAGUUUCAUCUCCUACUUACAAUAUCACUUCCAAGCAAGAGACUUUCACUCUAUGGAUGAAAUCUCUUGUAUUGAAUGGAAAAGGAUGUACAGUCUUUGAUUCCAAUGGUCAAAUAGCAUAUAGAGUUGAUAAUUAUAACUCUAAUCAUAGAGAUCAAGUUCAUCUCAUGGAUCAAAGAGGAAAUACUUUGUUUGCUAUACUUAAAAAGCAAUAUAAAUUAUCUAGGUUUUGGGAGGGUUACAAACUUCCGGCGACAAGGAAUGAUCGAAAAGGACCAAGUUUUCGAGUUUCUAAAACUUAUAGCAUCUCUAAAUGGGAUUCAACUUAUGAAGUUGAACUUGGAUUGGACAAAAAUAAACCAUAUAAUUACAAAAUAAAAAGAAGUGCUUGCAAAUCAUCUUACAAAAUAUCUGACAAGUUUGGAGUGAUAAUUGCUGAGCUAAGGAGAAAGAAGUCAACUUGUGGAAUUGAUUUAGGAGAUGAUGUUUUCACAAUGGUGGUGGAACCAAACAUUGAUCUUUCUCUAAUUAUGGGAGUUGUUGUAGCUUAUAACCUUAUCAAAAGUAAAAUGUAAAAAAUAUUUUAAUAAAAAGAGUAGUGCACAACAAAAAUAUGAUUUGAAUUUUGAGGAAGUGCUUUUUGGCUUACAAAGAUUAAGUUUAAGCUUUGGAAAUGGCUUGUGGUGCUUGUAAUCUAACCAAAGUGGUUCCAAUGUUGUAACUUGCGUGCAACUGUUUCUUCUGGUCAAUCUAAAGCAUUUUUUUUUUGUAUUAGGCUAAAGCACUUUUUUUAUAGAACCUUUUUUUUUACCUAGAAGCCACUUUUGUAUUUAGUGUGCUAAAGCAAAUUUCUUCCUACUUGUAUCACUUUUCAUCCCAAUUGUAUCAUGCAAAGAUUCAUCUCUUAGAUGACAUAUAUUAAUCUUUUGUAUUAAUUGCUCAA